UACAGCGGCCUGAGUCAUCCCAAGAAGUCCGGAGCCUCUAACUGGGAACCUUCCACACUCUCUUCAAGCAAUUUACAGUAGCACCAACGGUCACAAUGAAAGUUCUAAUCUCUUUUCUCCUGUUGCUGCCAUUAGUGCUGAUGUCCGUGGUCUCUAGCAACCCAAAUCCAGGAGUCGCCAGAGGCCACAAGGACAAACGCCAGGCUUCUGGGAGGUGGCUCCAGGAAGGUGGCCAAGAAUGUGAGUGCAAAGAUUGGUUCCUGAGAGCUCCUAAAAGAAAACUCAUGGCAGUGCCCACGCUUCCAAAAAAGCAGUGUCCCUGUGAUCAUUUGAAGGGCAACAUGAAGAAAACCAGGCACCAAAGGCACCACAGGAAGCCAAACAAGCACUCCAGAGCCUGCCAGCAAUUUAUCAAACGCUGUCAGCUAGCAAGCUUUACUCUGCCUCUAUAGGAACUCUGAGAGCCUGCUCUCCCAAUGAAGCAUUCUUAGUCAAAAGAGAAUGUUCUUCUCCCACCUCAACUCCCUCUCCUUGUCCCCACUCUCUAAAUCAUUCCAGGGUUCUCAAAAAGCAUUUUUCCCAAGAUUAUUUUGAUUAUUGUUCCCUCUAGUGCUUUUUCUUGUCAGUCUUUUCCUGUACCCUCUCAUUACUCAGGCUUCAUUUAAACUUAAUUACCUGAAAGAAAC